AUGUUGAGAUUCAAUUCUACCCGUUCCUUUAGCUCUUCUGCUCUUUUGAAAACCGUUACUAAGAAGCACGACUUGGUCGUUAUUGGUGGUGGUCCAGGUGGUUACGUUGCUGCUAUCAAGGCUGCUCAACUCGGUUACGAUGUUGCUUGUGUUGAGAAAAGAGGUAGACUAGGUGGUACUUGUUUAAACGUUGGUUGUAUCCCAUCCAAGGCUUUGUUGAACAAUUCUCACCUAUACCAUCAAAUGAAGACGGAUGCUAAGCAAAGAGGUAUUGAUAUCAACGGUGAAAUCAACAUUAACGUUGCUCAAUUUCAAAAGGCUAAGGACACUGUCGUCAAGCAAUUGACUGGUGGUAUUGAAAUGUUGUUCAAGAAGAAUGGUGUCACUUACUACAAAGGUUUAGGUGCCUUUGAAACUGACAAAUCCGUUAAGGUUCUUCCUGUGGAAGGUCUGGAAGGUUCCGUUACUGAAGAUCACCUCUUGGAAAGUGACAGGAUUAUUGUUGCCACUGGUUCUGAAGUGACUCCAUUCCCAGGUAUCACCAUUGAUGAGGAAAGAAUCGUUUCUUCUACUGGUGCUCUUUCCUUGAAAGAAAUCCCAAAGAAAUUGGCUAUCAUCGGUGGUGGUAUCAUCGGUUUAGAAAUGGGUUCAGUUUACUCCAGAUUGGGUUCUAAGGUCACUGUGAUCGAAUUCCAACCUCAAAUUGGUGCUACCAUGGAUGGUGAAGUCGCUCAAACUACUCAAAAGAUUUUGAAGAAACAAGGUCUCGACUUUAAGUUGAGCACCAAGGUCUUGUCUGCCUCCAGAAACGGUGACGUCGUUGACAUCGAAGUCGAAGGUGCCAAGAAUGGUAAGAAGGAAUCUCUCCAAGCUGAUGUCUUGUUGGUCGCUGUCGGCAGAAGACCAUACGUCGCUGGUUUGAACGCUGAAAAGAUCGGUUUGGAAGUCGACAAGCGUGGUAGAUUGGUCAUUGAUGAACAAUUAUCCACCAAAUUCCCACACGUCAAGGUUAUCGGUGAUGUUACCUUCGGUCCAAUGUUGGCUCACAAGGCUGAAGAAGAAGGUAUCGCUGCUGCCGAAUACUUCAAGGUCGGCCACGGUCAUGUCAACUACGGUAACAUCCCGGCUGUCAUGUACUCCCACCCAGAAGUCGCUUGGGUCGGUAAGACCGAAGAACAAUUAAAGGAAGCUGGUAUUCAAUACAAGAUUGGAAAGUUCCCAUUCAUCGCUAACUCUAGAGCUAAAACCAACAUGGACACCGAAGGUUUCGUUAAGAUUUUGAUCGACGCAGAAUCUGAACGUUUACUAGGUGCUCACAUCAUUGGUCCUAACGCUGGUGAAAUGAUCGCUGAAGCCGGUUUAGCAUUGGAAUACGGUGCUUCUGCUGAAGACAUCGCUAGAGUUUGUCACGCUCAUCCAACUCUAUCCGAAGCUUUCAAGGAAGCUAACUUAGCUGCUUACGCCAAGCCAAUCAACUUCUAA